AUGCUAACCACAAAGCGCCGUCGCAUAGAAUCUUUAUUGAGCUCUUCCAGCAAUGGAAAUUCUUUGAUUAUCUCUGACGCGGUGAUCCUUUCUGGGAUUCGAACGGAGGUUGUUCGAACGCUUCCGUUUUGGAGAUGUUUUGUGGAUCUGCAGCGGUGGUCAAGGACGAUUCCGACCCUUAUAGAUUGCGAAAUCAAACUUCUCUGUCGUAUUCCCUGCGAGUUUUUUUACGGGGUGGAUGUUGUGUGGGCCGUGGCCGAUAUCCGCGUACGCUCUCGAAAAUACCAAACUCGAUCACGAUCUGCGAAGGCGAUUUUAAACAAAAAUUCUUCACCCGCCUCCGGCCUCCCGCUAUCGUCAAAUUCGGGGGAGUAUUUGCUAAAGGACCACCUCUGGAGUCUGGGAACGAUGCACUUUGUUCACCAUGACGCGCACCAAAACGUCCAUGGCGACUCCCGCAGCUACCACAUCCAGUCCGUUGUGUUUUGUAAUCAACCGGAGCUUUUGCAGUGCGUGGCGGGCACCAUGUUGAGCUUUGCCUUUAUAUCCUAUACAAUGAUAUUCUACUUGGAUUAUCAAGCCCGUCUGAAGUCCGUUCGUUCGCCUUCCACAGAGGACUCCACCCUACCAAGCGAUACGGUCGAGAAUGGCGUGUUCAAUGGAGAUGACGCCGAGAAUUUAUUUCCUGACGAUCCUCUGCUUCUUCGUUUCUCACGUACGCGCACUUUGAAGAAUAGUGGGGGUUCUUGGAAUCAAAUGAAACUGCUUUACCCACUUCCAUUGCGAAGCGUUCUGAUUUUAGGAAUGGGCGGGAAUAGUAUGGUAGGAAGCCUUCGCCAUGCGCUUGGCAGCGAGGUCGAUCUGCACGUGGUGGAGAUUGAGCCCGCCGUUUUGCAAGCUUGUGAGCGCGUCGGUGCGCUGCCGAACCGCGCCGAAGAUACCCAUUUUCACCUCCACCUCGAGGAUGCCAUGAAAUGUUUAAAACACACCCUCUCAAAGAUCUCGUUUGACAUGAUUUUCAUGGAUAUUUUUGAACCCACGGAAGGGAAGAUGAAAAAUGAUAUGCGAAUUUCGAACCUCUGCUUUGAUCGCCUGCAGAUUAACGGUUUACUUGUCGUGAAUAUUCAUCAGUUGCCUUCACUCUUGAGCUUAAAGCACUUUGGAAGGCUUUUCGGGCUUCGCAAUAUCCAGGCUGUGAACAUUCACGGCUGGAAUGAAAGCGUAGUGGUCUGCAUGAAAGCUUCAUCGACACCUAACUGGCGAAUUCUGGAAAGCACACAGGGAGCUGGGGAAGAGGGUAAAUCUUACGUAAAUAGCUCGCGUGAUGGUCUUUCACAACAAUGCGGUAAGAAUCUUGCGGAUAUGGUGUAUAAAUGCUAUGAGGAGGUGCUUCCUGGUUGGCUACCCCACUGUUCUUGGUUGAAAUCCUCAAAGAGAGUCGGCAAUGACAACGAUCAGUGUCGUAUUUGGGAAUCUUAA